AUGGCACCACAAUGUCCUCCCGAUCUGCGCGUUCUCUGCCGCAAACUCACCACCAUCCCACCCAACCUACUUCCUCACCAGCUGCCGGCCCUCACCCACAACGUGCUGCGCUGCAAGGACGUGCUUUCUGCGCAGCAUGAUGCCAAGGUCAAGGAGGAUGCCUCAAUUUCCGCCCUAGUUCACAAGUUCAAAAGAAGUAUCACCACGUUACUGGAAGGACGCAGCCGGGAGGGCCGCUUCGCCGCCGUCGUCCUGAUCAAGGCCGUCGUCGAUGUUGGUGGCUGGGAGAUUCUUCGCACCGCCGGUCCCUGGGUCAAUGGCCUACUCUCCAUAGUUCAGAAAGGAGACCCUAUUGCGUCUAAAGAGCUUGCCAUCAUCGUCAUCACCCGCAUCUACAUCCUCAUCCAGCCUUACCAAACCCUCAUCCGCGAAAUUGCCACUCCCACAAUCCCGGCCUUCGGAGCUGCUUGUGUCCAGCUUCUCAAGGCGCACUCGUCAACGCCGCCGCAUGUGUCUGAGACCAUCUGCGCAGCGCUGCACACCUUGAUUCCUCACCAUCCCGCCACUCUCCGCCCUCUGAGCUCACAGCUGCGCACCGCCGUGAGGCCGUACCUCGCACCAACGUGCUCCGACACCCUGCAUGUACCUGCCAGCUUGACGCGCGCUGCCAGGAGGCUCGUCAUCUCCAUGCACUUCGUUGCCGCCAAGUCCAGCGGCAGCGAUGAAUGGGGCAAACUGGUCGAUUCCAUCCUGCGCGACCUCCACCAGACGGCUGAUCAGGUCCUGCGAGCCGUCGACGAAGCCUGGCAGCCCACUUCUGGCUAUGACAGAAACCGCGUGUCGACUGACGGCGAACCCGCGGGAGGAGAUGAGUCUAGCCCCGAGCAGCUGCCCUCAUGGGCUGGGGUUACGGCGGGAGCUGAGCGCCUGGCUGGCCUGUUCUCAUACUUGGAGGAGACUCUGAAUUGUUCUACAAAAUCUCCAGUUACUGUCCCCAUCGGCGCAUACAUGGAUGCUGUCUGCCGCAUGUGUGUUAUUGCCCGCCUAUCACCAAAGACACAAACUUGGGAUCAAGCACUAGACACGAAUUCUGGUGUUGGCCGAGACGAAAAGGACGAACUGUGGAGCGUUGUACCGAGCCUUCAUAUUGCCGCCUUGUCUCUACUCCGGACCAUGGUGCAGCGGCUCUAUCGCGACAUGAUCCCGCUUGUACCCGAGGCCAUUGACCAUCUCGUGCGCGUUGUCAAGUCCGGCAUGAGCAUCCCAAACAUCCGCACUGCAGGGUACCAGGUUCUGGACCAGCUCCUACACAUCGCAGGAUCUACCAUGCCUAAGACUACCGUCGACAUGCUUGACCCCAUCCUAGGCGCUUGCUGCCGAGACCUCCAGCAGGAUGCUGGCAUCCUCAAGCCUGCCGAGAAGCCUGCAUCUUCCGGCAAGGACGCCACAGCAGCCAAGAAGAACGGCGGAAGUGUUGCCAUCGCCAACGUAGACCUCUUCCUGGCGCGGCCCGACGCCGCUGCCGCUAGCAGUUUCCCAGCCGCCGGCCUCGGGCUCGAGCCCGCUCACAAGCAUGCCGCCACGCAGCUGCUUGCGACGCUACCGUCGUCGCUGCCGCAGGCCCACCUGAAGCCGACGAUGCGCGGGCUACUCGACAAGACGGCUAUUAUCACGGCCGACCGCGACGCCAUGCUCGCAAGCGUGCUGAACCCCUACAAGGACCAGCGCGGCCGCCUGUAUCCGAGCAUCCUGCCGUACCUCUGCCGGAGGUACCCUGAGGAUCAAGGCCUUGAGAUCCUGCGCAGCAACCUUCGUACGAGCGGCAUCAACGGCUCCGGCGAGAUGUUUGCUACCUUCCAGGAGGUGGAGGAAGAGCAACAGGAAGAGGAUGACGCAGAUGUAGAUGAGGAAAUGGUAGACGACGAUGCUGAUGUUGCCGCCACCGAUACAGACCCUGCAGUGGCGACCAGCGGAGCUGGCCUCUCGCGGCUGGGGUCUUUGGCAUCGCUGCCCAAGAAGAGCAGUGUCGAGGUGCCGCAGGACAAUCCAUUUGCGGCGCGCAACGGCGCUGCCGAUAAUGGCUUUGCCGCCGCCACAUCCUCUGAUUCGCCGCCCAAGCGCAAGCACGAUGGCGAGGAUGAGCCAGCAGCGCCGGCAAAGCGUCUCGAGGUCGAGCGACCCGCAGAACUGCCCAAGGCGAAGGCUGCCGCGGCGAAGCCGAAAGAGGAGGAUGCAGACGACGAUGACGACAGCGAUGUCAGCGUGCAUUUGAACAUGGAGCUCGAGGAUGACGAGGAUGAUGAUGAGUAA